AUGGGUGCCAUGGAGGCGAGGGGCGCGCGCGUGGCCCUGUGCGGCGUCACGCUGCUCUGCGCCGUGGGCCUGGGCCAGCGCCCCGCCGGGGGUGUGAGCUGCGGCCCCGGCCGCCUUCUGCGUGGAACCGGGACGGACGCGCGCUGCUGUCGCCUGUGCGCCCUGGCUGAGGCUUGUCCUGAGGGGGACUGCACGUGUGUUGAGCCAGGGUACCACUGUGGAGACCCCCAGUGCAAGACCUGCAAGCACCACAUUUGCCCGCCGGGCCAGGAGGUGCGGCCUCAUGGGAAUUUCAAUUUCGGCUUUGAGUGUGUCGACUGUGCCACAGGGACCUUCUCUGGAGGCCAGGAGGGCCGCUGCAAACCCUGGUCAGACUGCUCCCAGUUUGGGUAUCCCACCAUGUUCCCCGGGAACAAGACACACAAUGCCGUAUGUAGCCUGGGGCUGCCGCCUGCCGAGCCGCACGGCCCGCUGACCAUCGUCCUCCUCACUGUGGCCGCCUGCAUCCUGGUCCUGAGCGCAGCCCAGCUUGGCCUGCACAUCUGGCAGCUGAGGAGGCAACCCGUGUGGCCCCCAGAGACCCAGCUGCCCCUGGAGGCACGGCCGCCAGCCGAGGAUGCCUGCAGCUGCCAGUUCCCCGAGGAGGAGCGGGGCGAGCAGCUGUCGGAGGACAAGGGCCAGCUGAGGGGCCUGUGGGUGUGAGGCUGGGCUGUCCUCUGCCGCAGACCCAGAGCCAGACCCUCCCGGGAAGCGUCCCAGGGCUGACCCUCGGGAACAAGGGCUCUGCACCCUGCCGGGGGGGCCCCAGCUCUGGGCCCGGCCCUGCUCCCCUCGAUGGCGGAAGUGGGUGGGGGAUGGUGACAGUGGCCAGUCCCCCAGACCAUCCAGAAGAGGCAGCGGCUCUGGCCAGACCCCAUGGGAGAUAAAGCCACAGCCAUGGCUGCUUCCCUCCCUCGCUGGCCCUGUUGCUGGGGGGCGUCUAUGGGCCCCUGGCUCCCAGGACAGGAGGCUGUGCCCAGUGCGGGACUUGGCUGCAGGCAGUGCGCAAUAAACACUUGUCCAGUGACCUGAGUGGACGUGUUCUGGGGUGGGAGAACAGAGAGACAAGCCCCCACCGCCCGCCAGUAGCCCCAGUCUCCUUCCAGCCUAGGUGGGUCUGGGGGUGGGGCAGAAAUCAGGGCCAUUCCAGUCCUGGGCACAAGCACUUAGCAGGGACCAUGGGACUUGGAAGGCUUCCUGGAGGAAGGGCACCAUGAUGGACACUUGUCCUGUGUGCCCUUUUGUGGCCCUGUCCGAACCCCCUGCCCUGGCAGUCUGCUUGGCACUCUGAGACAGCUGGAUUCUGUGUCCAGUCUCUGGACCCCUGCUGCUUCGGA